UAAAAGGAUAUCCUUCGUAUCAUUUUAAUGAUAGAUUAUGUUAACCUAGAAGGAUAUUCGCUAGAGGCAAUCGCAUAUUGAAAAGUCGGGGAAUGGGAAAUCCGCGAGUUUUCUUGGAGAUCACCAUCGCGAGCCACAAGGUGGGGCGAAUCGUGAUGGAGCUCUACAGCGACACCACGCCAAAGACGGCCGAGAACUUUCGGUGCCUGUGCACGGGCGAGAAGGGCGUGGGCAAGCGCGGCAAGCCCCUCUGCUUCAAAGGCACGCCCUUCCACCGCGUCGUUCCGGAGUUCGUCGCGCAGGCCGGGGACGUGAUCGAGGGGAACGGGACGAGCGGCGAGUCCAUCUACGGGCCAAAGUUCCAGGACGAGAGCUUUGAGCGCAAGCACACGGGUCCCGGGAUCCUGUCCAUGGCCAACGCCGGCCCAAACACGAACUCCUCGCAGUUCUUCAUCACGCUGGGAGCCGCGCCGUGGCUGGAUGGCAAGCACGUCGUCUUUGGCCGCGUUGUCGAUGGAAUGAAUGUGUUGAAGGCCAUCGAGGCCGCUGCAACUCUCGGGGGCAAGCCUUGGAAGAAAAUCCUCAUCUCCAACUCUGGACAGCUCUAGACGAAGCCUCUGCCUUCCCAGUUUCCCUGGAGAUCUUUUUCCUUUUUUCUAGCAGGUUCUCUUGCAUUCCCUGGAUAUCUUUCUUCUUCGUUCAAUCUCUGGAUAUCUGUCUCUUGGA